CAGAAAAUGGAAGGCUGUACUGUGGGUGCUUGCUAGGUUGCUGAGGGACUCAAACCAUAGCUGGAAAAUUAUAAAUUACAUCGAAGGUUCACAGGAAAACAAAUUGAGAUGACUCUUUACACGCCCUAAAAACAUUUGGCUUUUGGAGCUGUCUGCUUACAGUUUGCAGAGGCUCGGACAGCGUGGCUGUCAAUGAAUGUCAGUAUGGACACAAUGGACAGCAGCAGUGUCCCUGAUGAUGAUAAUUCAGAUGAACGGCAGAUGCCUUCAGAAGAGGCCGAGUCAAGUGCUAGGCCAACCUUGUCACAGGUGAAAAAGUCUUGGGGGUUCAGACGGACAACCAUUGCUAGAAGAGAGUUCAUGGAAGAAAUUGGAGACCUAACCCACAGUCCUCCAAUUGUUCGACGAGGCAGAAAUCGUAGAACCAACCAGACAGCCCAGAUCGCCACAGAGACCCCCACCACACAGAGGGCUACUCGUACAGCUAGGAGUGUUAUUGAUGAGCUGCAGUGGUCUGCCCCCUCCUCACCUGUCUCCGAAAAUAGUAAGACUGGUUCAGAAACUUCUGCAGGAGGCAGCCUUGAUCCCAGCUUAUGGCAGGAUUUUGGGUCUGCCUUCCACACUGCUUUCACACUGCUUGGGGGCAGCGAAGGCCUGUCACUAACAAUGUCAGAUGAACUGGAAGUUCCUGACAUUUUAGAAGCUACUGAUGCUAUUGAGACCCCUAAUCCACAGGCUGUAGAUGAAACUGAGAUGACUGAUAAUGUGGAUGACAUGGAGAUUACACAGCCAGUUGCCUCUGACAAUGCUGAGGGAGAAGAAAUCCAUGAUGUGGUUUUAAUCUCAAGUCACGAAGAGGACAGUGAUGAAAUGACUCUGCUACAGAUUAAGGAGCAGCUGACUUCUAAUAGCAAGCAGGGUGACCAAAAGGCUAGAGGGGGGAAAGGAGGAAGAGGAAAGGCAAGGGGAAAAGGGAGAGGCAGAGGAAAAGGUAGGGGUAGGGGUAGAGGUAGGGGUAGAGGGAAGGGAAGGGCUGUGGAGUUUCAGUCAAUCACUGCAGAUGAUAAGGACAGUGAUGAUGAUGUCGUGCUGGUCAGUUUAGCUGAGCAGCAGCAUUUACAAGAAGUGGAAAAAGAAACUGAUCCACACAGUCCUCCUGAAAAAGAGGGAUCAGCUGCUCCCUUUGAUACAGCUCUGAGUACUGCUCAGCAAUCAAACUCAGACUGCAUGAUCAUUGACAGUGACUAUGUUCAGAUUACUGAGUUAACUCCUGGCCAGUUUGAUGAAGCACCGGAGGAGGAGGAUGAGGUGAAGAAAGAUGCUGAAAAUACAGAAGAGUAUUCAAGUAAAUCACACACUGAAGGAUAUGACUCCAAUACUCUGUACUGCAUCUGCAGACAGAAAGAAAAUAAGAGGUUUAUGAUUUGCUGUGACAUUUGCCAAGAGUGGUUCCACGGUGAAUGCGUCGGUGUCAGUGAGACGCAGGGCCGUCAGAUGGAGAAGAAAGGGCAAGAAUACAUCUGCCCGCCUUGCACUUUAAAGAAACAGAGCCAACUUCAGGCUGAGUCUCACCCUCAGCCAGACCCUGUGCUUAGCUUUCCUGAAUGCUUGACACUACGUCCUGCUGUUGAAGAAGGGGUGGGGCAAGAGGAGCAGCAAGCUGUCAAGCAGACUGUAGUGGUGGAGGAGGACGAGAAGGAGGAGCAGGAAGAAAAACAGGCUACCGAGGCAAGGCCAGAGCCUGUUGCUGAACUUGAAGCUGAGAUGGAGACAGAUAGCUCUCUUCCGGUGUGCAUCGGACCUGGUUGCUCUAAACAAGCACUACCAGGUUCUGUUUACUGUGGCAAUGACUGCAUCCUUCAGCAUGCUGCUGUCACUAUGAAGACACUCUCUGGGCCUAAGGUGACCAAGUCCAGAGGACGGGCACAGAGAAAAACUUCCACAGCUAGACCCGCUGUAAAGGCUCAGAGGUCAGGUCGGAGUUCUAAGAGGUUGGCAGAAAAAGCUGAGCUGCAAGGUGAGGAGAAAAAGGAGGAUGAUGGAGAGCAGGAGGCGGCUGCAUCGCCUGUUGCCUGUGACCCCAGUCUCACAGAAGUUCAGGCCUUUUCUGCACCAGCAUCAAACUUAUACACAGCGUCUAAUACGGACAGUGAACAGGUAGAGGCUGAGAAGGAAGCUGUAUCGCCUUUAACACAAUGCCCAGAGAACCCUUCAACAGAUGCAGCUCUCCUUUCUGAACCUACCACUGAGGCAGCCCAGCCACAGAGCCACAGUGAAGAAGAAGAAAAGGAAACUGUAAACAGUGACUUGCCAAAGCAUCAAUCUUCAGAAUCAGAUCCCUCAAUAAUACCUGCCCCAGAAAAAUCUAGCCUGACUCCAGCCACACCAUCCCCAGCCACCUCAGCAUGCAGACAUCAUGAGACUGGGGCUCUUAUGAUCACUAAGACGACGUACGUUAUACCAAAGAAACCGUCUGGAUCUCAGUCUCCAUCGAGCCACAUGUUAGCCUCAGCAUCAUGCCAAAAGCCUUCUUCAGCCCCCACGCCCCUGAAUGAAACCCGCAAUCUGCCUGUGCCACCUGCACCCAGUGCACCGUCCUCCAGACCCUCUCAGCCCAAUAACCAGGUCAGACAGAGUAUCCAGCGCUCCCUCACCAGCAUCCUGUUUAAAAGGGUAUGUGAUUGUGAGGAUUUGGAGAUGUCUGAGAGUGAAGCUGCAAAGCUUGUUGCAAGCAUUGAGAUGGAGAUGUUUGACAUAUUUCGCAACACGGACAGCAAAUACAUGAACAAGUACAGAACUAUAAUGUUCAACCUGAAAGACCCAAGAAACAAGGGCUUGUUGUACCGUGUUGUACAUGGCGAUAUCAAUCCAUUCAGACUGGUUAGGAUGACUCAGAAGGAUAUGCAGGCUACCAAGGCACCUGAGCCAAGUGUAAAAGAAACAACAGAGGCUAAGGAUGCAGCUGCUAAAGCAAGUUUGCCUAAGCCUGAAGCAGUUAAGGUGGAUUUGCCCAGUUUGAAUCCUGCUAGACCCGACAGAAAACCUGAUAGCAUGGAACAGAAGAGAAGUCUUCCUGCUCCUGCACUCAAGCCCAAAGCAAGCCAACCAAGCCAAGGAAGUGCUGUACCAGAUAUUCUUGCCUGCAUGCUAAAGGACACAACAUCAGAGCACAAAGCUCACCUCUUUGAUCUAAAAUGCAAGAUAUGCACAGGCCAAAUGCUAUCUGUGGAAGAGGAGGAACCAGCAAAGAAAAAAUCCAAGUUAUCUAUAUCAAGAGAUAAGCAUGAACCAUCUUGGAAAAAGACUGCAGGAAAUGACUCCCCACUCCUGGCGCCACCUGACUCUCCUGACAUGGAUUCUCCAGCAUCAUCCCUAUUGGACCCUUUGUCCCACUUCAAUAUUGAUCCUCCACCAUUGACUAUAGUGGAAUCACCUGCUUCUCCUAUAAUGGAUUCUCCUGCCUCCCCGACUUUAGAGUCUCCUGCUUCCCCUACCAUGGAGUCCCCUGCGUCCCCAACUCCAGAUACCUCUAAAGCUACUGUACCAAAGAGAGCAUAUAUACCAGUUGCGAUUCCAUCUGUCUCCACUGUAACCAUCACAAGGCGUGACCCCCGUACUGCAGCAAACAGGUUCUCUGCUUCAUCUAGCAGCAACUUUGAACCCAGUAACACAACUCAUAAACAUUCUGCUCCUUAUGCUCCUAUUAAAGAGAGCAUUGUCUCAAAUAUAGCACCAUCAACCACUCUACCAACAACAAAAACAGUACCUAAAUCUAUCUUAAUGAAACCAUCUUCCAGCGCUGACCCCAGACUUUAUGGCACCUCAAGAACUGUGAUCUCUGAAUCCCCAGCUGAUGGUGAGACUUCUCAGUUCCUGGCAAAACAGGAAAUACUGUGGAAGGGCUUUCUAAACAUGCUCACUGUAGCCAAGUUUGUCACCAAGGGAUAUCUAGUGUCAGGAUCUGCUGAAAAUCUUAAAGCGGAUCUACCUGAUACCAUACAAAUUGGAGGACGAAUCAUGCCACAAACAGUGUGGGACUAUGUUGCUAAACUAAAGACCUCAGUUACAAAGGAGUUAUGUGUGAUCCGGUUUCACCCUGCAACAGAGGAAGAAGAGGUCGCCUAUGUCUCCCUUUUUUCCUAUUUCAACAGCAGAGGUCGUUUUGGUGUGGUCGCCAAUAGCAGCCGUUCCAUCAAAGAUGUAUACCUUGUCCCACUAAAUGCAAAGGACCCAAUCCCAUCCAUACUACAGCCUCUUGAAGGACCAGGACUUGAAAGAAACCGGCCCAAUCUUCUUCUUGGUCUAGCAAUUGUCCAGAAGGUCAAACGUCCAGGAUGUUUGCCUCAGGAAAUGGAAGAGAAGAGACCCAAAGUUCAUAUGUCCAAAGACCCUAUGUGGAUCCCAAAACCACCAGUCCUCUAUGGUUCUGACAAAUUCACACCACAGCAGAAAGCAAAGGUCAUCACCAAAAAAGCGGAGUCAUCGCGAAAGGGACCGUCAUAGAAGUCCUUCAAGACAGUCACAGCCGCGUUCUCGUUCACGUUCCCGUAGACGUCGAGAUAGGGAUAGACACAGAAGGAGUGAAAGAGACAGAUCAAGGCACAGAGUUAGAGAUCCAUCUGUACGGCAGGGACGCCAUCGCAAAGA